UAGGAUAUUAGUGCAGCUCUCGAAGCUUAUCGUGCAUGUUUUUACUGAAAAAACUUGUCAGUUUGAUUAUCUAGACCUUAACUGUUUUGUUUGUUUCCUGUACUUUUUUUAAGUUGAAUAUAAGAAAAUGGGGAUUCUAGAGAAGAUAGCUGAGAUAGAGAGGGAAAUCGCAAGGACGCAGAAAAAUAAAGCAACGGAAUACCAUCUGGGUCUGUUGAAAGCCAAGCUUGCCAAGUACAGGUCUCAACUGUUGGAACCUACAGGAAAGAGUGGAGCCAAGGGAGAGGGUUUUGAUGUGAUGAAAUCAGGAGAUGCCAGAGUUGCUCUCAUUGGUUUUCCUUCUGUUGGUAAGUCGACACUCCUCAACACGUUGACCAAGACCCACAGUGAGUCUGCAGCUUAUGCCUUCACCACGCUCACAUGUAUACCUGGAGUUAUCGAGUAUAACGGUGCUAACAUCCAGCUUCUUGAUUUACCAGGAAUCAUAGAGGGUGCUGCCCAAGGCAAGGGAAGAGGUCGUCAGGUUAUAGCUGUAGCAAGGACAGCCGACCUGGUUGUCAUGAUGUUAGAUGCUAAUAAAGGAGACGUUCAGAAGAAUCUGCUGGAGAAAGAGUUAGAGACUGUGGGUCUGAGAUUGAAUAAGCAGAGACCUAAUAUCUAUUUCAAGCAAAAGAAAGGAGGUGGUGUGUCAUUCAACGCAACGUGUACCCUAACAAAAUGCAAUGAGAAGUUGGUUCAUAUGAUUCUACAUGAAUACAAAAUCUUCAAUGCAGAAGUGUUGUUCCGUGAAGAUUGCUCUCCAGAUGAGUUCAUAGAUGUGAUCAAUGCUAAUAGAAUCUACCUUCCAUGUAUAUAUGUGUACAAUAAGAUCGAUCAGACGUCCAUUGAGGAGGUAGAUAGGAUAGCACACCAGCCUCAUUGUCUUGUUAUCAGCUGUGAAAUGAAACUCAAUCUAGAUUACUUACUGGAGAAGAUCUGGGAAUACCUCAAUCUUAUUUGCCUCUACACCAAGAAACGCAGUCAUCGACCUGAUUUUGAAGAAGGCAUUAUAAUGAGGCGAGGCUGCUCUGUAGAACAUGUGUGUCACUCAAUCCAUAGAACACUAGCUGAGAGAUUCAAGUAUGCCUUAGUCUGGGGAACCAGCACAAAGUACAGUCCACAGAGAGUUGGUCUGACCCACUUAGUUCAUCACGAAGAUGUAAUUCAAGUUGUUAAAAAGUGAUGUAGAUCUUGCCUAAUUCCGUCAACAGUGAUAUGUUAACCCGUUGCCUACUCAAACCAAUGGUCCCUGUACGAAGCCUACGGGAAUGACAGAAUUCGGUAGUCAAACGUGCAUCAGAACUUUUACCAAGUUAUACCAUGCAUUAUAAACUCCAUUGAGAUGUCCUGUCAGCAUUACUCUGAGUAUUUUGGAUGUCAGCAAGACAGAUUCUCCCGUGAAAACACUAUGUGAAACUAUUUCUCAUCAAUCUCAUGCCAAUCUUCCCUUUUUAUAACUGAACUGUAUUGGUCCAAGAGCAUUUGACAAUAGCAGUGGUCUCUUUUUCUUGACCAUCAACUUUGAAUAAGUAUGCAUGUCUUGGAUUUAAGUUUACAGGUAUACGCUUCAGGGCUAAUCAUGUUUGUAUCUUCAAUACAUUUUUUUUUUGUUCUCUCUGAGAAUGCAAAAAUGUCAUUUAACCAGUAUCAUACAACAAGAAAUGGUAUCAGCUCUAUUAGCGGAGCUAUCAAUCUUGCGUAUAUAUUAUGCUUAUGUUCUUACCUGUAGGUAUGUUCAAGUUGACUCAAAGAUGCUUUUCACUGAAUAGUCCAACAUACAUGUAAGAUGGUCUUUUUGGGACUAAUCGUCUGUGUUUAAUCUUGCUUUGUUAACAUUUCAUCAGUAUAAAAAGAUCUGUAAAGUGCACUAGGAAUGUUCCACAGGAUUUAAGUCUGAUUAAAAUUGCAAUGAAAUUCUCAAUUAUGUGUGCACACCAAAUUGGUCAGAUCACAUGUACUUAUCAAUGAGAAUGCAUGUUGAAUAUUAUUAUGUAUGUUAUCACUUCAGAAUGACUUUUAGUCAGACUCAAAUCUUAAUGAAACACCUCUCGUACACUUACUGCUACUGAAUAUCAAAUUUGUACAAUAGAACAAAGACAAUUUUGAAAAAUUAUGUAACAUAUUUAUGGU